CUACCCGAGCGCGGGACGCGGGACACGGGGCGCGGGCGGCUGCGGGGCGCGGGCGCGGCCGGGCUGGCCAUGGCGCGGGCGGCGGACGCGCGGGGCCGGGCCCGGCGGCGCGGGCGGUGCGGGCGGUGCGCGCUCCUCGCCUGCGCCGCGUGGACCGCCGGCUGGGUGCUGGCGGGCGCGCUGCUGCUCCGCGCGCACCCGGGCGUCCUCUCCGAGCGCUGCACCGACGAGAAGAGCCGGCGCAUCCUGGCCGCGCUGUGCCAGGACUACCGGGGCGGCGCGCUCACGGGGGACCUCUGCGAGGAGCUGUGUGUGGCGGGAAAGCUGCUGUACCGGCGCUGCCUGUACUACGAGAGGGGCAAGAAGGUGCUGCAGGCCGACUGGCGCGGCCGGCCCGUCGUGCUCAAGUCCAAGAGCGAGGCCUUCUCCAGCUUCCAGCCCCUCGGCUUGCUGGAGGGGGCGGCGGAGGAGGGCGGCCAGGGCGUCCCGGAGGCAGAGCUCCUCCUGAUGGUGGCCGGGCAGGUCAAGAGCGCCCUGGGCCUGGAGCUGCCCAACAGCAGCCUGUCCCCGCUGUGGCCGGGCCGGCGGGGCGCGCGCUGGCGGGGCCAGCUGGCCAGCGCCUGGGCCCUGCUGCAGCAGGAGGAGUACGUCUACUUCAGCCUGCUGCAGGACUGGAGCCGCCACGUCCUGCCCGUGCUGGGCUCCUGUGGCCACUUCUACGCGGUGGAGUACCUGGCCGCCGGCAGCCCCCGCCACGGGGCUCUCUUCCCCCUGGACGAGGCCACAGGUGCCCCCCGGGGUGGCCAGGGCCAGGCCAAGGCUGUCAGUGACAUCGCUCUCAGCUUCUUGGACAUGGUGAACCAUUUCCACAGUGACUUUUCCCAUCGCCUCCACCUCUGCGACAUCAAGCCCGAAAACUUUGCCAUCAGGAGUGACCUCACAGUGGUGGCUAUUGAUGUGGACAUGGCCUUUUUUGAACCUAAAAUGAGGGAAAUCCUUGAGCAAAACUGCACGGGAGAUGAGGACUGCAAUUUCUUUGACUGUUUUUCAAAGUGCGAUUUGCGAGUCAACAAGUGUGGGGCGCAACGCGUCAACAGCAACCUGCAGGUCAUCUGCGACAAAAUAUUUCGGCACUGGUUUUCCUCGCCCCUCAAGAGCUCCGCCGUCCCCUUCCCGCUGCAGCUGCAGUUGCGGGACGCGGUGCAGGAAUGCGCGGACUCCCCGAGAGCAGCCCCCAGUGUGUUCUGGAAGCUUCGCCGGCUCCUCCAAGCCACGCAGAGGGAGCUGCAGGGGGCAGAGAAGUAGCCACUUUUCUGGCCUUAGAAAUGCUCGCAUGGGAGCAGCGACCUUCCAGCGACUCCUUCUGCGGUUGUUUAAAGAUGAGACGUUUUCACUGUGCAAACGAACGGUCGCCGAGAUGCCGCCACGCUCUCUGCAAGCAAGAAUCGCUACCGCUGCGGUUCUGCUUCAGCUGCAUGUGGCCACCCUGCUCGGUCCUGGCUCGGUUCACUCUUGUUUCAAGAUCCCCGCCUGGCCUCUGACCUGUCACCCUGUGUGACAUGAAGUGAGGAAGCGGGUACAGAGCGUUUACUUUUGGAGGCCGCUUGGCCCCAGCAUGCAGUCACUCUCUGCAGAGAGCACCGUUCCUGCCUGCCGGAGCAAGAGUUCCAGCUGUUCUUCCUAUAUAGCGUUACCAUGUUAAAAAAGUAUGUGUGUGUCUGUAAAUGGGUGAGUGUGUAUAAGUAAGCGUGAGUGUGUCCAUGCGCGGGUGUGCACAAGUGUGUGCCCAUGAGUGUGUGUGUGAAUGUGCGUGUGCCUGGGCAUAAUGCGUAUGAGUGUGUGUGUGCCCCAGUGUGAACGGGUGUGUACUGUGAGUGUGCAUACAUGCUCAGACGUGCACAUGGGUGAAUCUGUGCAUGAGUGUGUGCACAUGAGUGCGUGAGUUGCACAGGACUGUGUGUGCAUGUGUGUGUAAGCAGUUGGGUGUGUGGGGCGUGCGGUGUUGGGGUGGGGCAGCUGGGUUCUCCAGGGUGUCCUCUGGGACAACUUGUCUACCCAGUGAAGAAAUUACCUUUCUUAUUGUGUUAUUAAAUACAAUAAAAAACAAA